AUGGAUGUGUCUCACAUUCUUUUAGAACGCCUGUGGCUCUAUGACUAUGAUGUCACUAUCCAAGGCCAAGCAAACAACCACAUCUUCAAGCAUGAGGGCAAGACCAUCUUACUCCAUCCUGCGAAGCCUGAGUACAAAGCAAAAAGUCCUACCCUCAUGAAAGGAUCCACCUCUAAGCCCAUUAACCUUCACCCCCUAACAGAGAAGCAGUUCAUCGAAGAAAGUAGGGAGGUUGAUGUCAUCCUUGCCAUCAUUUCCAAGGUCGUUUCUCCUUUUGCACCAACACCUGACAAUUUUCCAAAAGAGGUGACCCAACUCUUGGAUGAGUUUAAGGAUGUUGCACCUAAGGAGUUACCUCCUGACUUGCCACCUAUGAGGAACAUCAAGCAUGCAAUCGAUUUGGUUCUAGGAUAA